AUGCUUGCGGAGCUUUCUGUUUUACAUGAUGAUUCAGGGAACAGAUACGCUGAGGAUGAUCAAAAAGCAGAAGCUUUGGGUGGUUUUUUUGCCUCGGUCUUUGUACGCAAUAGUGAUACGAGUUGUCCCAAUCUUGAAAGAAAGACUUCUUUGGGGUUGGAUGACUUUGUAAUCCACCCCAGUGAAGUCUUGAGGCUGUUAAAAUCACUAAAAAAUCUCUAUGAUUGCCUUAGUGGUGUGCCACAAGGUGGUGUUUUGUCCCCCCUACUUUUCCUUGCCUACACACGUGAUCGUGAUCUGCCGUCGUUACUGAGAACUCAUUCUUCAGUUCGAGUCCAGCAAUACGCAGAUGACAUCAAGGUUUAUGGUUUAUAUAAAGAAGAGGACAUUGCCAUCGAAGCUAUGUCACGGUCCAUUUCAAAUAUGAUGGAAUGGUCCGUGACACGGGGUCUUCCGUUAAUCUCUCAAAAACUGUCGUACUGCAUUUCGGAAAUGACGCACCUACAGAAUAUAGUUUCGAGGGAUCGACAUUAA